AUGGGGCGUGCACGCAAGCGCCUCAAGCUCGAAGAAGGAGAGAUUUCAUCUUCCGAUGAUGAUUGCAUAAUCGUCGACGUGCAAGUCAAGAAAGGGCGCGAGUCAAAGCUCAAAGUUGCUCAGGGUCAUGGUCAUCAUCUCUCAACUUCCAAAGCAAACACGGCGCCCCCCCAUCCCUUUUGCAGCGAAUGCUGCAGAUACUUCCAAAGCGAUGCAGAAAAAGAGCGACACUACUCCAAAUGGCAUUACGGCAACCUAUGUGUCGCAUGCGACGAAGGUUUCCCAACAGAGUCAGAGCUACUCCAACACCAAGCUACCCACACAGAGACUCCGGUUCGCUGCGUCGGCUGCGACAAAGGAUUCAAAACCUAUUCAGGAAUGAUGGAUCAUCUUGAGGACGGCGCGUGCAAAUCAACUUGCACCGUUCAGGUUGUCCGCAGUGCUGUAGCAACUCAUUGUGCACGUUUCCACCCAUCGUCAACUCGGAAUAUCGACCUUCAGUGCCCGACUUGCGACAAGAAGUGCCGCCGCAUGGGUAGUGUCUUCAGACAUUUCGAAAAAAGAGCAUGCACUUUACGAAACUGGAUCGAAGAAACAGGCCUACUAGACUUUCUCGCCACUCUCAGAACAUCGAUACAGGAGAAUAAGGCGUCUACCUUCUACUGCAAUGUCUGUCGAAAGAGCUUUGAACAAGAAGUUGGGCUGACGAUGCACCAGAGAGAUAAACACGGACAUACAUACUGUUGUGCUUGCAAGACACAAUUUACUAGUCCAGCCAAGAAGCAGAAACACGUCAUGUCUAAUCUUUCUGCAAAGCCUGGGACGUUCUUCUGCGACCACUGUGAUCCAAAAGUCCGCUUUUCAUCGGAAAAGGAGCUUUGUGACCAUUUGUGGCUGGACCACAUGGCGUGUGGUCACUGUGGGCGGGUGUUUGAGACCUUUGAGCUCAAAAAACAGCACGAUACUGAGGCUCAUAAUAGGUGUGCUGUUUGCUACCGGUUCUUCGUGUCGAGUGCGGAACUCAAACAGCACCGUGAGACCCAUCAAGUCGAGCCCUCCAUCAUCCAGUCACCUGUUGUUGAACCCUCCGUUGUACAUCCACUACCGGCAAAGCCAGAGCCGAUCCCCAGCCUCCAACGCGCAUCCAAACAACUAUACCAGUGA